CAUGCAGCGCCCAAUGGAUGCCACGGGCAACAGAGCCUCCGUGGUUAUAAAGCUCCAUCAAACUGUGAAUGAAUCCAACUCUUCUCCAUCAAAUCCAGCAACGGAUCACUCUCAGCGUAAGUGCGAUGCAAAUGAAAUCACUGAGCAAAUCCCACUCGCUGCAAACCCGUCCAUUCUCCUCCAUUUGCUCUCAUCCUACGAGCUGGAACCUAAUGAUCUGGCUGCUUUGGAGGGUACAUGUAAAUUCUUCAGAAGCCCUGCAAACUUUGAGCCAGAUGCUGCGUUGUCUCUUCCAGAACUUGCAGCACUUGAUACUUGCUGUCAGAAGGCCAUGUUUAAGUCAAUGAAGCAUGAGGAAAAGGAGAAGUUGAAGCAGCGUUGUGGAGGCUCUUGGAAGCUCGUCCUUGGGUACCUGUUGGUCGGUGAGAGGAACUACCGCCGUGAGAAAUCUCAGGUUAUUGCUGGACUAGGACACAGCAUUGUUGUCACAACAAAGGGGGAUGUGUACUCAUUCGGCGCAAAUCGCUCGGGACAGCUAGGGCUUGGGAAUACAAAAGACCAGUUCGAACCAUGUCUUAUUAGGUCUCUGCAAGGCAUCAGAAUCACACAGGCAGCAGUUGGGUCUAGGCAGACAAUGCUUGUGACCGACACGGGAAGUGUGUACAAAUUUGGACAGGAUGCUUUUGGGGAUUUGGAAUCCUCUGGGACUGGGACUUAUACUAGCAGUCCUAAGUUGUUGGAAUCACUGAAAGGUAUCUUUGUAGUUCAAGCAUCUAUAGGAGGCAAAUUCUCUGCGGUUCUGUCUAGAGAGGGUCAGGUUUAUACUUUCUCUUGGGGUCGUGAGGCGAGGCUUGGUCAUGCUUCAGAGCUUACCGAUGUUGAGCCUCGUCUUCUCUCUGGACCGCUUGAGAAUGCUCUUGUUGUGCAGAUUGCUGCUGGCUAUUGCUAUCUCCUUAUGUUGGCCUACCAACCGACGGGAAUGUCGGUUUACUCGGUAGGCUGCGGUCAAGGAGGAAAGCUUGGGCAUGGAGACAAGAGAAACCUGGUGAUCCCAGCGUUGGUCCAACAUUUCCAUGCACAGGAUGUAAAGCCACUGUCGAUAUAUGCAGGCGCUUUCCAUUGUGCAGCUCUGGCACUAGAUGGACGUGUGUUCACCUGGGGAUGGAGUGGACACGGGUGUCUGGGACAUGGAAAUGUAGGCGAAUGUGUGUGCCUCCCCACGGAAGUGGAAGACUUGAAGUAUGUAAAGGCUAGGCAUCUGUCAGCUGGCGAUUACACCACCUUCGUCGUCGCAGAUAAUGGCGACGUCUACUUCUUUGGGUCGGGGACAAGUCUGCUUGUUCAGGCGGAUGGCGUGGAAAAGGAUACUGUCUUGACUCCCAAGCUAGCCACUUCGAUUGUCGCGCUGAAUGAAAAGAUUGCGCAGAUUAGCGCGACGCAUGCCUGGGAUUACCAAGGUUUGGCUUCCGCUCAUCAUACAUUGGUCCUCACCGAGUCCGGCAGGCUGUACUCCUUUGGGGGAGGUGAAAAAGGCCAGCUUGGUGUGAAGCUUGUUGAGGGACAGGAAGGGAGGUCUACCCUAGAUCGGGUCGACAUUGAUGGUCUUGCCUAGCUUCUCCAGCAUCGACCUCGACAAUUUCCCAUUCCUCAUGGUAUGGUAGCUGCUGGUGGUUUCGGAACUAAGGAGUGCCUUCUGCAACGGUAGUUCUCGUGGCGACUUCGAACAUUUUUUUUCAGCCUGUUUAUUUAGAACAUCUAGCUCGAUCGUUUUAGAGUCUGAACUGUAGUUCUCGUGGUGGCCUCUUUUUUGGACGAUGGACAGAUGAUGCCCUUUUGAUCGGUUCCCAUUUGAUUUGAGUGAUACUAAGUUGGAUCGCGAUGCAAUUGUUCA